CCACAUAAGGGCAGAGCAUAAAAGAUUAACCUUCCCACGCGUCGUUUGAAACCUUGAAAAUUGAACCUAGCUGUACUGUGAAACAUGGCCACAAUGAUGAAACCAGGCGCGAUUUGCACCUUUAAUUCUCACCUGAAGGAGCUUCCUAUUUUCGAUUCGAGCUCGCUCCGUCCGAGCCUCAGAAAUUCUGGGUUCAAUCCCCGUAAUGUGAAUCUAAAACAGGCCAGAAAUGCGUCACUUGUUCCCGUCAUAAGAGCCCAGGCUUACCCUGAUUAUUUCCCGGACUCCAAGUUUUACAAGGUGGAAGCAAUUCUAAGGCCUUGGAGAGUUCCGCAGGUUUCUACGGCCCUGCUUAAAAUCGGUAUCCGCGGUGUUACCAUAUCUGAUGUUCGGGGCUUUGGUGCUCAAGGCGGUUCGAAAGAGAGACAGGGCGGUUCUGAAUUUGCUGAAGACAAUUAUGUCGCUAAAGUUAAAAUGGAGAUUGUAGUGAGCAAAGACCAGGUUGAAGCAGUAGUUAGCAAGAUUAUUGAGGAGGCAAGGACUGGAGAAAUUGGUGAUGGCAAGAUCUUCUUGGUGCCAGUUGCAGAUGUAAUUAGAGUUCGCACUGGGGAGCGCGGAGAGAAGGCGGAGAAAAUGACAGGAGGGCGAUCUGACACAGUCCAUGCCUCUGCUGCAUGAUCCAUUUGGGUUGAACUUAGAUAUCACAUUUGAGCAUCCACUUUUCCCUUGUAUAUCAGAGCUUAGAAGACUUUUUUUUGGUGUGUUAUGUGGUUGGAAGUGAAAAAUAAGGUGUAAUACUAGUAAUGUAGCUUCUCUCUAAGAAUGCAAUCAUUGGAAAAUAUUCUGUAGUUCUGUUGCAAUAAUGUAGUUAGCUAAUCGGUAAUCCCCGCUUAUGUAUUAAUCAAGAAAAGGAUUGCAAAAUUUCUUCGUCCCCUUGUAAACUUUGGCCUGUAACAGUUUGGUCCCGGUCCCAGUCCCAUUGUGUUUUCAUUGACAUGUGGAUUGUUAGUGAGUCGUGACUUGGUUGAUAAUGGAUUACCAGACGAAUUACCUUC